AUGGAAGGAAAGAAGCGGUGGGUGAUGUUGGAAAACAACCCCGAGGUGAUGGACCAAUUGGCGGCAAAAUUAGGCCUUGGACGCGAGCUGGGAUUCUACGACGUCUAUUCCCUGGAUGAACCGGAUCUGCUGGCUCACAUCCCCCGACCUGCGCUCGCCCUCUUGGUCAUCGUUCCUCUCACAGCCUCUUGGGACAAAGACCGUGAAGCUGAGGACGCUGGAAAGGAGGACUACGCUGGCAGCGGCCCCCAGGAACCUGUAGUAUGGUUCAAGCAGACGAUCGGAAAUGCAUGCGGCUCCAUUGGCCUGCUGCACUGCGCAAUCAAUGGCCCAGCUGUUGACUACAUCCAGCCUGGUUCGGACCUCGAAAGAAUAAGAAACGCAGCAAUUCCGCUCAAGAUGACGGACCGGGCGAGCAUGCUGUACCACAACGCUGCAUUUGAGGCGGCGCACAAGUCGCUGGAACAGGUGGGCGACACUCCUGCCCAACCGGCCGCGGAGCACAUUGGUCAACAUUUUGUGGCGUAUGUCAAGGCGGACGGCAGACUUUGGGAGCUCGAGGGAUCACGCAAAGGUCCGCUUGACCGUGGGCCACUAACCGAAGAGGACGAUGUCUUGAGUCCAAAGGCACUGGAACUGGGACUGAAACGAAUCAUCAAACUAGAACAGGAUGAUGGCGGCAAGGACCUUCGCUUCAGCUGCAUUGCUCUGGCCCGGAAACAGUAA